GAUUGUAUUGUAUGAGUCGGUAAUAUUUAGGCGUGUCUUUGUUUACUUAAAGCAGUCCAAGCAAACACUACCAAAAUCCAAUUACUUUCUUCUAUGGAAGAUCCGUCGAGACCUGUCACAGGCUACCCGGCGGCAGCUUACCCCCCUGCGCAAUCUAACACCAACCCCAACCCCAACGGUCACCCCCGGCCGCAUCCUACCUACACCACCACCGGCACAGCCUACCCUUACGCCGCUCCACCGCCUCAAUCCAACUACUACAACCCCAACCCCUACUACCCCUCCCGGCCGUACAACAACCAACGCGCCACCAUCUUCCGCCGCCUCUUCGCUGUCAUCAUCGCCCUCUUCAUCAUCACCGGCACCGUCAUCUUCAUCGUAUGGCUCGUCCUCCGCCCCCGCAUCCCCGAGUUCCGAGUCGAUUCAGUCUCUCUCUCAAACUUUAGUGUCAACGCGUCUCUCAUCUCCGGAAAUUGGGACGUGGGUUUCACGGUCAGAAACCCUAACCACAAGAUCAAUCUCUACUACGACCACAUCGAGGCGUCGGUGUUGCACAAAUCGGAUACUCUGGCCACGACAACCCUCCCACCGUUCGAUCAGGGCACCAAGAAUGAGACGGCCGCGAGGGCCACGUUUGCGGCGGCGUCGACUUACGUCAGCGGUUGGGUCGUGAACGAUAUCAAUCAGGAGCGGACGAGUGGGAGUGUGAGGUUCAAUUUUGGGUUGUAUGCUAGGGUUAGGUUUAAGGCCGGUGCGUGGCGUGCUAGAAGGCGGUUCUUGAGGGUUUAUUGCAAGGACUUGCAUGUCGGGAUUACAUCCAAUAGUGCUGCAGGGAAAUUAACCGAUGGUCCAAGACAGUGCAGGGUUGAUUUGUGAGUAAUUUUAGGUAUUUUAUGCUCUGUCUUUUCUCUUCAGAAUGACAAAUUAUGUUACCAUAGAUAGUUCUAUAAACCAUGUUAUGCUUCAGUAAAAUAUGAAUGCACAAGGCUUUAGAUUUUGUUGAUUUAGACCCUGUAACCUUUUUGUUUGUUAUAUAUGUUUGUUUGUGCCAA